ACAACAAAUGAAGCAUGAGUUCAUAUUUCAGUUAGUGUUUUUAGCUUUUGAUCAUGUGCUCAGUUUUCACUGGGUGCCCCAUGUUUCACAAGUGCCUUGUCCUCCUUGGUGGUGAGGACAUCUGGUCACCCUGCCGGCUAGACUACCCCUGCCUUUUGAGGAGAGGGUAACCAGGGGUCCUCCUUUUCCAGGACAUGUCCUACACUUCAAACUAAGGUGCAAGAGGAAUCCCAAAAUGUCCUCCAUUUGGAGCAGGCCUAAGAAGCACGACCUGACAUUUAUAUGAGGAUUAUUCGGUUUUUAUUUAGUCAUGCCCUCCUUCCCCCAUCCCUGGGCCUGGAAUAUCCUCCAUUUUGCAAUGGUGCCUUGUCUUUCACCUUGCCAGCACCUACUACUGCCUUCUGAGGAGAGGGUGACCAGGGGUCCUCCUUUUCCAGGAUACGUCCUACAUUGCAACCUAAGGUGCAGGAAGGAUCCCAAAAUAUCCUUCAUGACAUGAACUGACAUGAGUGUUUGCAGCCUUUCUUGGGUGAUGUCCUUCAUUUUGCAGUGGUGCCUUGGCCUCCUUUGUGGUGGGGCCACCUGCCCACCUUGGAAGGGGGGGGUCUCUCCCUUUCCUUUCCUUUCCUUUCCUUCCCUUCCAGCAGGUGCUCCAGGGCUGGGCUGCCACAAGAGGGCCUUAGCAAGGCAGCUGCUCACCUGUCCACCUGAGAGCUUCCCACCCAACAAGACAAAACCCUCCCUCCUCCUCCUCCUCCUCCAAGUUUGCCUUCCCUGCCUCCAAACAGGAAACAGCCUGAAACGCCAAAGAGAGAAAGGACAGGGCGCCUUGAGAUAGGGUCAGCUCACAGCCUUCUUUCCAGAAGAGAUCCCAGCCUGCUUCAUCCUCAGCCAAGAAAAGGCCAAGGGGGGUAGGCAACGCCUCUCAAGGGCAGCCUCAGGACAACUCCAGGGCCCCCUUCUCUGCCCAACCUCUGGCUCUUCAGAAGUAAGGCUCCAUACAGGAUUGUCUUCUACUCCAGGAAUUGUCAAAGAAAACAAUAAUGCUGUAUAAAAUUCUGUGGGAGGCAGCAUGGUUUGAUUGUUGGACCGUGACUCUGGAGACCAGGACUGGAUUUCCCACUCAGCCAUGAAACCCACUGAGUGACCUUGGGCAAGUCACAGUCUCUCAGCCUCAGGGAAAGAAGGGGUUUGUUACUGCUAUCUUCUGAGGCUGAGAGAGUGUGACUUGCCCAGGAUCAGCCAGUGGGUUUCAAAAACAUUACCAGGACACUUGGCACAACAAGGGAACCACCAACAAUACCACCAUCUCCUUGUGAGUGGGCCUGGGACCACAACCAUAACUCAACCCCAAGACGCAUUACUGGAAGUAGACUGAGAAUACUGAAACGGGUCUUUCCUCAUCAGGCCCCAGGCAUGGAAGAGUUCAUAUGGGAGCAGUACACAGUGACCUUACAAAAAGACUCCAAGCGAGGAUUUGGGAUUGCAGUUUCUGGUGGCAGAGAUAACCCCCAUUUUGAAAAUGGCGAAACAUCCAUAGUUGUCUCAGAUGUCCUUGCAGGUGGCCCAGCAGAUGGAUUGCUUCAAGAGAAUGACAGAGUGGUGAUGGUUAACGGUACACCUAUGGAAAAUGUGUCCCAUUCUUUUGCUGUGCAACAGUUAAGGAAAAGUGGGAAAGUGGCUGUCAUUGUGGUGAAGAGACCAUGUAAAGUUCAAGUUCCAGCCGUACCAAGAAGCCCCUCUCUUGAUUAUGAUUAUAGAGCCUUUGAUGUCAUGGAUGAUCGUGCAGAGCUGGAUGGUAGAAGUGCAAGGAGUGGCUAUAGUGAAAGGAGCUGGCGGAAUGGAAAUGGAGGCCGCAGCCAGAGCUGGGGGGAUAGCCUUGACAGGGGAUACAGAGUUGGUCCAGAUAGGGGACGCAACUACAGCAGAGAGCGCAGCUAUAGUCGGGAUCGAAGUCGGGGACGGAGCAUGGAUAGAGAGAGAACUUUGGACCGGGAAUACCAAAGACCCCGAAGCAGAGGCAGAAGUGUUGACCGAGAUGAUGUGUAUGACCAUGGUUAUGGUGGUGGUAGGAGCCUACCAAGAGAUUAUGACUGGCGAUCUCGUCCUGACCCUCCAUAUGAGAAGGAAGCAAAGAGUGGUAGCAGAGACAGGCUUAAUUCCCGCAGUUCUUCACCUGAAUUGCAGCGCCACUAUGAGUAUGGACCACUGCAGGAAUCAAAUGGGCCAGUUAAUGUUCUCCUCACCAAAAACAGAUCAAAUGAAGAAUACGGUCUCCGUCUUGGAAGUCAGAUUUUCAUCAAAGAAAUGACCAGUACUGGAUUGGCAACAAAAGAUGGCAAUUUGCAUGAAGGGGACAUCAUUCUCAAAAUCAAUGGUACAGUGACAGAAAAUUUGUCAUUAUCUGAUGCCAGAAAACUGAUCGAAAAAUCAAGAGGAAAACUCCAGUUGGUUGUCAUGAGGGACAGAAAACAAACCCUGAUUAACAUUCCUUCCAUGCAUGACAGCGAGUCAGAAAUAGAAGAUAUUUCAGAAAUAGAAUCAAACCGGUCUUGCUCUCCUCAGGAUGACAGAAGGCUGCAUCAUUCUGAUUUGGAUUCCCAUUCUUCCAAUGAAAGACUAAAGGAAAAGCCAAGUACAAAAGAAGACACAUCCAAUAGACUGUCCAAAAUGGGAGCCAUGCCUACCCCUUUCAGGUCAACUGGUGAUGUCACGGCUACUCUGAUUCCAGAGGCAAAGAGUGAACUGAAGUAUCAAGAUGAUCCUCCAGUUAUUCAACCAAAAGCAGCCCCAAGAACAUUCCUUCAGCCGAGUCCUGAAGAUCUAGCAAUAUAUGGCCCUGGUACAAAGAUGGUGAAAUUCAAGAAGGGCGACAGUGUGGGUAUCCGGCUGGCUGGUGGGAAUGACGUAGGAAUAUUUGUUGCUGGUAUUCAAGAAGGCACCUCAGCCGAGCAGGAAGGUCUUCAAGAGGGGGAUCAGAUUCUUAAGGUAAACGCUCAAGACUUCAGAGGUAUUGUUCGAGAAGAUGCUGUGCUAUACCUGUUGGAAAUUCCCAGAGGUGAUAUUGUGACAAUUCUGGCCCAAAGCAGAUAUGAUGUUUACAGAGACAUAAUGGCUUGCGGUAGAGGUGAUUCUUUCUUCAUAAGGACUCAUUUUGAGUGUGACAAGGAAAUACCACAGAGCUUAGCCUUCACCAGAGGAGAAGUCUUCAGAGUGGUUGAUACAUUAUAUGAUGGAAAACUGGGACACUGGCUAGCUGUGAGAAUUGAGAGUGAAUUGGAAAAGGGCCUGAUUCCGAAUAAAAGCAGGGCUGAACAGAUGGCCAGUGUUCAGAAUGCUCAGAGGGAUGGCUCAAGUGACAGGGCAGACUUCUGGCGAAUGCGUGGCCAGCGAUCUGGAAUGAAGAAAAAUUUAAAGAAAAGCCGUGAAGAUUUGACAGCAAUUGCAUCUGUGAGCACUAAAUUUCCAGCCUAUGAGCGUGUUAUGCUCCGGGAGGCUGGCUUUAGGAGGCCUGUGGUGAUUUUUGGUCCCAUAGCAGACAUAGCAAUGGAGAAGUUGUGCAAUGAGCUACCUGACUUUUAUCAAGCUGCCAAAACAGAACCUAAAGAUGCUGGUUCAGAGAAGUCCACUGGUGUGGUGCGUUUAAAUACUGUGAGGCAAAUUAUUGAACAGGACAAACAUGCUUUAUUGGAUGUGACACCCAAAGCUGUGGAUUUGUUAAACUACACACAGUGGUUUCCAAUUGUAGUGUUCUUCAACCCAGACAGCAGACAGGGAGUGAAAAUCAUGCGGCAAAGGCUACUUCCCACAUCCAACAAGAGCUCACGGAAGCUUUAUGACCAAGCAAAUAAAUUGAAAAAGACUUGUCCACAUCUUUUUACGGCUACAAUUGAUUUAAAUUCAGCCAACGAUAGCUGGUAUGGGAGCCUCAAAGAAACUAUUCAGCAACAGCAGAGUGAAGCAGUAUGGGUUUCAGAAGGAAAGCUGGAAGGAAUGGAUGAUGACAUUGAAGAUCGUAUGUCAUACUUAACAGCAAUGGGUGCUGACUAUCUGAGCUGUGACAGCCGAUUGAUCAGUGACAUGGAGGAUACUGAUGGAGAAGGUGGGACAUACACAGACAAUGAGUUAGAUGAGCCAUCCUAUGAGCCCAGAGUGUCUUCUAUUAGUCGGUCUUCUGAACCUGUGCAACAUGAAGAGAGUCUAAGGAGACCCAGCCCUGAACCAAGAAAUCAGAUGAGAAGAGCUGGUAGCAGGGAAGUUCUGAGAGAUCCCAGUCCACCUCCAGCAUUCAAGCCUGAACCUCCCAAGGGUAAACAGCCAAGCAAAGAAGAUCCAUAUGAUGUCCCUAAGACUUAUGAACCCAGAACAAACAGCCCUAGUGGUCUUAGCACAGAAGUAUCUGGAAUAUCAGCUAAAGCAGCUCCUCCACCUAUAGCCAUCAAACCUACUUUUGGACGUCCUAUAUUAAAAUCCUCUCAGCCAGCCAUUCAGCCAUCAGAAUUAGAGGAGAAAACAGAGGAGGGUGUAGACGAAGAGGAGAACACACCGAAAUCUGUCCUGGGAAAAGUUAAAAUAUUUGAGAAAAUGGACCAUAAGGCAAGACUCCAGAGAAUGCAAGAAUUGCAAGAAGCACAAAAUGCCAGGGUAGAAAUAGCUCAAAGACACCCAGACAUUUAUGCUGUCCCAAUCAAAACACAGAAACCAGAGCAGAAUUGGUCCCAAACUGUCAGUUCCAGAGCUCCGGAAGCUGAACUGCAGAAACCACCUGCUAGAUCUUACCUAGAUAAACAAGGGAGUUAUGGCAGUGAUGCAGAAGAGGAAGACUAUCGACGGCAGCUAGCUGAUAAAUCUAAACGUGGAUACUAUGGACCACCAUCUAGAUACAGGGAUACAGAAUUAUAGAUUUACUGUCAGCCAGAGCUAUUGCUCUGAGGCAUACUUGCACAGCCAAAACAGAAUCCUCAUUGCUUUUAAAAAGUAUACAUAUAUUUUUGGGUUACUGAUGAAUUCAAAAUGUAUCUUCAUACUGGAAUGACAGGACUUAACUUCAUAUAAGUACUGAAUCACUGUUGCCUAUUUUACAAAAGGACCAAAAAUCUAUUUUAAAAUUUUGCAUUAAUUUCUGGCAUUUACAUAUUUUAAACUAUUUCUAUUCCUCACUAAAACUGCCUUUUAAAAUCGUUUUAACUAUUGUGAUAUGUCAGAACAUGAAAAAACACAGCUCUUUAGUGCAAGAAAAAGAUAAGUGCCUUUCUAAUGAAAAGUGUCUUCAGUUGUUCUCUGACACUGAUACUUGUGCAAAGCCAUAAUGUUUCUAUUGCCUAACUUUUGUAUGUUUCAUGGCUACUAUUUCCCCCUUGGAUGUUAUUUUUCUACUUAAAAUAGAUCUGUAUACAAUUUUUCAUAAACAGUGGUUGUACAUAUGACACGGUUGUUUUUAAGUUGGCUGCCACAAGGUCUGGGAGCUGUAAGACUGAAAAAAUUAUGUAGAAAAUAAGGGAGAUUAUUUGUGUCUUAAACCUUUAUAUGAGUCAUAAAAUAAUAAAGGGAUAUAUUCUCCAUCUGA